AUGGCUUCUGCAGAUAUAAGAGAUGAGCUGACCUGCUCCAUCUGCCUGUGCAUUUAUACAGAUCCCGUAACGCUGCCUUGUGGACACAGCUACUGCCGAGUCUGUAUUGAGACAGUGCUGGACACACAUAAAGACCACAAACUGAUGUGCCCUGAAUGUAGACAAACUUUCAAUAGACAACCUGAGCUUAAACGAAAUCUGAGACUGUGUAAUAUAGUCCAGCAUUUUUCUGACGAACCUGUAAAUAAAAAGGUUGGGAUUGCUUGUAACUAUUGUGUUCACUUGCCUAGAUCUGCUGUUAAAACGUGUCUUCUGUGUGAAACCUCCAUGUGUGAGACCCACCUGAAGGUCCAUUGCCAAUCGGCAGAACACGUCCUCCAUGAGCCCACCACUUCAUAUGAGAACAGAAAAUGUGCUAUUCAUGCAAAGGUUCUGGAGUACUACUGCUCCGAGGACGCUGCUUGUUUAUGCGUGUACUGCACCAUGGCAGAAGAACAUAAGGGACACACAGUGGAGACUCUGGAUGAGGCCUCGGAGAAGAAGAGAGAAAUUCUAAGACAUGUUCUAGUGACAAUGUCAUCAAAAAGAUGUGAUCAUACAAAAGGAAUCCAGAGUCUGCAGGAGCGCAGAUGUGAAGUGCAAGUAAAAUCAGUCCGUGAAAUGGAAAGAGUCAGUAAACUAGUUAGAAACAUCAGGGAACAAUUGGAAGCCAUAGAGACACAAAUUCUGGGUGAAAUCUCUAGCAAAGAAGAGCAGGUCUUGGAACAAAUCCGACAACUGGAAACAAAGAAUGAGGAGCUGUCCAGUAGGAUGGGUUAUGUUAAAGAGCUGUUUUAUACGUCGGACCCAUUAACCAUCUUACAACAAUGGAAAUCAGGCUGUUUAGAUGUUCAGGACAAAAAGAGUGAUGCUAGAAUGAUUAACACUGUAGGAGAUCUGGAUAUGGGUCUGAUCUUGGCAACUUUACAGAGAGGUCUUGCUCUUGCUGCGGAAGGUGUAAAGAGAUGUUGGAGUGUCCCGGAGGUUUCGGACAUAUCACUGGAUGUUAACUCAACUGGAAAAAACGUAAUUGUAUCAAAUGACAUGAAAACAGUGGUUGGGUCCCAAAUAACAAGAACACAUCUAGGAAACUCUGCAAGACUUCCAAAUAAUUGUGUGUUAAGCACCAGCUGCUUUUCCAUGGGGAAACAUUACUGGGAAAUGGAGGUUAGCAACUCUGGAAACUGGAUUGCCGGCGUAUGCUAUCCCAGCAAAGACUGCAAGGGAUUGAAGUCAAAUACUGGGAAGUCUUGGACUCUGGCAAAGUUUACUUCCAAGUAUGUAGUGCGACAUGACAGGAGGGCGAUCUACUUAACGUCCCGUCCAUCCUGUCAGAGACUAGCAAUAUACCUGGACUAUGAAGCUGGGCGGCUGUCCUUCUGUGAGUUGUCUGACCCAGUCAGAUGCUUACACACCUUCACUGCCACUUUCACUGAGCCGCUUCACCUUCUGUUGUAUGUAUAUGGCAAUGUCUGGGUGAGAAUAAUCGGCUAA